AUGGCUGAAAAUAUCACUGUCGAAAAGAUGCAACAGACGUUUUGCAACAAGGAGCUCUCUGUGACCGAGCGUUUUCGGGGAAUGUUCACCCUGCAAGAUCUAGGCAGCGAGAAAGCCAUAGAUAGUUUGCUCACAUUCCUAGACGACCCAUCAGCACUGCUAAAAUACGAGGCAGUAUUUUAUAUUGUACAGAUGCAAGACCCAUACGCCAUACCAUAUCUGAUUAAUGUACUGGAAGACACAAGUCAAGAACCAAUAGUGCGACAUGAAGCAGGUGAAGCACUUGGUGCUAUCGGUUCGAAUGCAGUGUUUAAUAUACUUGAAAAGUAUAGAUUCGAUCCGGUGAUCGAGAUUGCUGAAACCUGUCAAUUGGCCCUGGCAAGAAUCAACUGGUUGAAUAGUAAUAAACAUAGUCAAGUCGAGAAUCAAUACAAAUGUGUUGAUCCUGCUCCAGCAUCAGAUGACGAUAAUGUUCAGUCAUUGAAAAGCGCAUUGCUGGAUGAGUCGUUACCAUUGUUUGACCGAUAUAGAGCUAUGUUUGCAUUAAGGAAUAAGAUAAGCGAAGAAUCAGUUCUGGCACUUGCCGAAGGUAUGAAAGCCAGUAGCGUAAUGCUACGACACGAAUUAGCGUUUAUAUUUGGGCAAAUGAGAAACAAGAACGCCGAUGACACGAUAGUUACAGUGUUGACUGACGCUUUGAAGAAUUCUAACGAGAGUCUAAUCGUUCGCCACGAAUGUGCGACUGCUCUGGGAGCAAUGGAUAAAAAGAACUGCACGCACAUCUUGGAAGAAUAUUUGCAUGACGAAGAGGCUGUUGUCAGUGAUAGCUGUCAGAUUGCCUUGCAUGUGUAUGCUCACUCAUUAUUUAGCAAGUAA